UUCGCUCAUAUAUAAGGCAGUUCUAAGAUGCGGGCUUGGUAGAACUUCUUUUCGAUUUCAAGCGAGAAAGGACAGAUUGUUCAGCUGCGUGAAGUGCGACAAACAAGUGUGAAGAUGAAGGUCGCUUUGGUUUUCAUGCUUUUCAUCGCCAUCGCUGUUUUCAGUGUGUCCGGAACGUCACCUCCCCACUGUGCCGCCGUGACGUGUAACCCAGAAGCGUGCGAAGCAGUUAACUGCACCUGCGGAACCUACAAGGACCAAUGCGAGUGCUGCGACCACUGCCACAAGUGUCCAAAUGAAGUGUGUACCAGCCUGCCCAGGGACCCUUGCACGGAGGGCUACCACUGCACCCUGGACGAUGCCGAACAACACUUCGUGACUGGAGGCACGGGACACUGCAGGCCCCAUAACGAAACAGCCACCCCAGUCCUCCACCACACCCAUGAGGAACACCACAGCUAAAUGCGUUUGCAAGAAGUGUCCCCCUAUAGACCCGCGGCAUCUUGCUAUAACAGUAUAUUUCUACGUAAUAGUUGCCACUUAGUGCUUUAGAAGAAAAAGAAAAAAAACGUCGUGAUAAUAAAGGUACAACUCAGCGUCA